AUGUCAUUGGAAUCAGCGGUAAAAGAAGUCAGGUAUACAUAGCUUGCGUUAUAUUUCAUACAAAAUAUUUUCGCAGCACUCUCUGUCAACAAAAUAAAUAUUUUAGCACUUUAUUAACUACACAGCAGUAAAUUUGGUAUUCUUAAAACUAAAGUGGAAUAUAAUUCCUCACAAAUAUUUGCGUUGUAUAAAGUGUAACGAGUGAACUAACAAGGCCAAAUUUCCUAACAAAGAUUGCUUACUGUAUAUCAAGCUAUAGUGAUAGAAUUUUUGUGCUACUAAUAUACAAAUAUACAUACACAUACAUACAUAAUUGCAAAAUUGAUAAAAAAUGGAUUGGCGGCAAGCUGAAAUCUUAGAUUUAAUAUGCAUGUAUAGGGAAAAUGAAUGUUUAUGGAAUUGGCUUUCAUCGGAAUAUAAAGAUGUGAAUUUAAAGAAAAAUACUUGGGCAGAAAUUGCUGAUCAUUUUGGUAGAGAUGUGGGCGAAAUAAAGAAAAAAAUUAAAAACUUACGUACAGGUUAUGUUAGUGAGAAGAAAAGAGUUGACAGCAGCUUAAAUGAAGCUGGAGAACCUACGUAUGAGCCUAGAUUAUUUUACUAUGAUGAGAUGACGUUUCUGAACCGGGUUAUAGUUUUAAGAACAUCCAAUCUUGACGAGCAGAACGAUGAUUCAAUGCGUGACAAUAAAGCUGAACCGUCGUCUGAUGGUGAAGAUAUGGAUGCUGAGAAGAGUGAUCCUUUAAGAGAAAUCAGGGCUAAACGUUCAAUAAAUCGAGGUUUUCAUAUAAACUGCAAAGAAAAAAAUAUUUUAUACAAACAGAAAAAACGUACGGGCUUAGUAGAUGAAAUUUAUACAACACCGCAGAAUUCGAGAUCAAGACAUACCGAAAGAGAGACUGAAAUAACUAACACACCCGCAGCGGUGGAGGCAGCACAGACACAAAUUGUAAAAAUGAAUGAACUAUGCAAGGAGGAAACUUUUUGUGCUAUGCUAUGCAGUGAACUUAAACGUAUAAGAUCGGAAGAUAUAUAUGAUAAUGCGACUGCAGAGAUUUUUGCAAUAUUAAAGAGUGCCAAAAAGGCAGAUCGUAGAAACGCAUAUAAACAAGAAGACGACUGAAAAUUUACGGUUGUUAAUUAAAUAUAUUUUUUUUACCUCACAUACAUGUACAUAUGUACAUAUUACAAAUGUA